AAGUUAAUGAAAGCAAGAAGGAACGUUCUAGUGCAGUUUAGUGCAGGUAUAGAAAACAAGCCUAUAGUUAUAGUUCAAUGUAUAGAUUCGAUGAUCAAAGAACAAGGUUAGGUGAACGGAUGGGGUCGCUGGUUGGCCGUGUACCAGUAAGCGUGUUUGUAAUAGAGUGAAAAAGCGCGGUCAGGAUUGCUGAUGCAAUCCUUUUUAUUUCUUGUGCAAGCAUAUUCUGUAUUCCUAUUUAAGUCUUUUUGUUUCCCAUAUAACUAUUGAAAACAAGAUAAAAAUACCUUGGUUACUAUGGUCAAAUCGUCCCCGCCACGUUGUUACACUGGGGACGGGUACCAUUAACGUUGAGAAGAAGAAAGAAGAAGUUAGGUGAACGACUGUGGAGGAAGCGACUAGAGAAAGUGGAGAGCAUAUAUGAUAUUUCGAGAAGAGAAGAUUGGAAGAAGUUUAGAAUCAUCUAUGAUUAUAUCAAAAAAGUGAAAAGAGUAAUAUAGAAUUGGGACUUGCUUCAAUCUGAGCAAAGUGAAAUAAUGGGUAAGCAUGAAGUUGGCACACCAAAGUACAUUGCCAAUAAAAUUAAAGCCAAAGGCUUACAAAAGUUACGAUGGUAUUGUCAAAUGUGCCAGAAACAGUGUCGCGAUGAGAAUGGCUUCAAAUGUCAUACUAUGUCAGAGUCGCAUCAUCGUCAGCUAUUGUUAUUUGCUGAAAACGCACAUCGGUAUAUGGACCAAUUUUCCCGAGAAUUUUCAGAAGGAUAUUUGAAUCUGUUAAAGAGGCAAUUUGGCACGAGACGAGUGCCAGCAAAUCGAGUGUACCAAGAGUACAUUUCUGACAGAGGACAUAUACAUAUGAACGCUACUCAGUGGUUGACUUUGACUGCGUUUGUGAAAUGGCUUGGACGUACUGGACAAUGCGUGGUUGAUGAGACUGAAAAAGGUUGGUUCAUAACAUAUAUCGAUAGAGAUCCUGAGACUCUCGCUGCACAGGAGAAAAAAGCAAAAAAGGAAAAAAUGGACAAGGACGAUGAGGAGCGACUGAUGGAUUUUAUUGGCAAACAAAUAGAGAAGGCAAAACAAGAUACAAAAGAAGCUGAAGGCGAAACAUCUAAGACGCCACUGAUGCGUCCCGAGAAUGAUACACCUUUGAUUCUCGAUAUAAAGCUAAAACCAAAACCAAAGUUGCUUCCUGUACUUGAAAUAAAGGAGAAGAAGGUAAAGAGUGAAGAUGAUCAGAAUAAAUCGAUUUCAAGUAAAUCAAUUAGUGAAAAAGAUGAAAAACUGAAAAGAUCCAAUGAUGACGAAACAAAGUCUAUCAAGAAAUUAAAAAGUGACAAUUCUCCUGCGACUGAAGGUUGGCUCAGAGAAGGUUUAAUGGUCAAGGUAACUACGAAGAGUCUGGGCGAAAAAUACUAUAAAGCUAAAGGUGUUGUUCAAUCAGUUGGAACAGACAGUUUUGUUGGUAAAGUAAAAUUAAAGACACCGGAAGAAGUUAACGGACAUAUUAUACGACUAGAUCAAGAAUAUUUGGAGACAGUGAUUCCUGCGAUAGGUAAAAAGGUUCUAAUUCUUUGGGGGAAAUAUAAAGGUGCGAGAGCAAUAGUAAAGAAAUUGCAUAUAGAGCAUUAUAGUAUAGACAUUGAACUCGAAAGCGACAAGAAAAUUAUAAAGAAACUUCCAUAUGAACAAGUGUGUAAAUAUAUAGACUGAAAAAUAAUUAUGUAUGGAGAAAAAAUAAUAGGAAAAAAAUACUGUAUUUUAAUAUUAGCAGUAACAUCCUAUUGUGGUCAUUGCCUAUCUCUAAGAGCACCUGUGUACAACUUUAAUAAGUGUCAAGUUUUUGUAUAUAGAGUAUAGGCUUAUUCAGACAAAUUUGUAUAGCCACAAAACCGAUAGUCUUAUGAGAGUUUAUGUGAUGUUAAAAUUUAGGUUAUUAGCUAAUAAUAUACCAAUUUUAUGAUUUAUUGUUAUCUUAGUAUUUUUUAAUAUUAUUAUCUUGAUGAGGAAAGUAAAAAAAGUAAUCGGUAUCCUUAUGUUAGACAUUUAUUUAAUCUAUUUUUUCUAUGCAUAUGCAUUGUGCGACUAUGCAAAUUUGGAUAGGUUCUAUACACAUAAGUUAAUGUAAAUUAAUAUUACAUAAGAUAAUAUAAACUUUACAUGCAAUCUGGGAAACAAUUUUUUUGUGAAACGUCAAUUUAAAGCAAACUUUUUUUUAUUGAAUAUACAUUAUCGAUUCUAUUUUACAUAUUUUAUUAUACAUAUCAAUGUUUGUACAUACAGUGCAUAUGUAAAAUUAGAGUAAUUAUGGAUUUUAUCAUUCACACAAACAAAAUGUUAUAAUUUAAACAUCAAAUUC